AUGAUCAUUCCGGGCUCCACAUUAUAUGUCACUGCGCUGUGGCUGAUCAAGUCUAGCAUGGUGAUCUUCUACAAGCGCCUGGCGGAUCGCACCCGGUACCAGAUUGUGUACAACAUCACACUUGGUAUCCUGGCUGCGACCUGGCUAGUGCUGUUUUUUGAUAUUGUCUUCAAGUGCUAUCCGCCCAAGCGGCAGUGGGAGGGGCUUACAAAUGCUGAGUUUCAACCAGUCAUAUGCCUCCCCAUUUCGCAAGUUGUGCGACUCAAGAUGCCAAAGAAACAAAAGUGGGGUGUCAUCUCUGUCUUCCUCCUGGGUGGUCUUGUAGUCAUCACUAGCAUUAUCCGAGCAAUCUACUCCUACAACAACGAACAAAUGAUCACCUGCACCGUCUCCAUGGUCGAAACCGCCAUCGCCAUCAUCGCUUCUUGUCUCCCCGUUCUCCGCACCCUGGUAUUCGGCUCGCACUCUCGCACGGGAACCUAUAGCGGCCACCGCGGCUACGAGCUCUCGCACUCUGGCGUGCAUACCGGCGCCCAGACCAGCAAGCAAAACACCACCGUAUCCGUCUCACAAAGUCACGUUGACCGCGGCGCCGAUGAGAUUUCGUUCCAUGACUCCGAGGAUGGAUUGGUCAAGGAUACGGUACCGGUUUCUGGACCGGGGAUUGCCGUUAGGCACGACUAUUUCGUGCACGAGGAUCGUGCAUGA